CUAAAAAAUUUGGAGUGUUAGGGCUUUUGCGUGCGCGGCAAUGAGCGGGGCGAGGCUGUGCACGCUCCUGGCCGAUCUCGGCUAUGAUUCCUGGCAAAUGCUGGAUCCAGACAGCUACGAGUGGCCCUUCCAGUACGAAGAGACGAGGCCACUCCUCGACUGGCUGUGUACCAAUCUGCGAACCUCCAAUGUGCUCACUGUGCCCGAGCUCCAUCACUACACCCAGCUGCUCAGCCAAGGAAAGCUUCUCCAGGGCGAGGACCUGGAUUUUGCCUACGGCAGCAUCUCCGCGUUUGAGAGCAAGAGAUCAACACAGGAGGCCGUCUUGGGUGCUGAGGAGUCCCUCAAGGAGAUCCGGGAAGGCACGCACUGCCUCAAAGAAGAGGCUUCCGCAUUGCAGCGGAGGGUCCAGCUUCUGCAAGCACACAUGGACUCGCUCACUGCCUACACGUCGUCGCUCAUGCAAGGGCGAAGAGCCAGAGUUGCUGUCGCAUCCGCCGCAGGCAACCAGAUGAUGGUCGCCGAGGAGAAGCUGGCUAGUCGCAACUUAGAGAUGAACACCGUCCUUGACAAGCUUGCCUCGUCCGCUAGAGAGCUUGCGCACUAUCACUCGGGGGAAGAGCAAGGGAUCUUUCUUUCGUUUGCCGACUUGGGUCAUUUCUUGGUUCAAGAUCAAGCCUGUACCAAACAGCUCAACGAGUGGUUUGUGAAGCAGUUUGAUGUGGGUCCCUCCCGGUUAGUAGCCGAAGAAGGAAAGUCUAAAUGUUCGUGGGUGACACUUGAUGAUUUGGUAACGCAAGGAGACUCCGAGAAGAGCCACCAUAGGCGAGUUUUGGAACUGCAGCGCCUGCGCUCCAUUUUCGGCAUAAGCGAGAGACAGUGGAUUGACGCUCAAGUUGAAAAGGCGAAGCAGCUGGCAGUGCUUGCGACAGUCAAGUUGCAGGCUUCCGCCGAUCAAGCGUAUGUCCAUUCAGAUCUUCAUUCCUUAAGGCGGAGGAAUGCAGAUGUAGGAAGCGAGCUGCAUCCACUUGUUUUGAAGGAGGACAAGCUGCUUUCUGAGGCUGUUCCUUCACUGUGCUGGGAACUCGCGCAACUUCAAGACACGUAUAUUUUACAAGGAGACUAUGACCUCAAGGUCAUGCGGCAGGAGUACUACAUGUCGCAACAGAAACGGUUCAUCAGCCACUUGGUCUGCCAACUCGCUCGGCAUCGUUUCCUUGAGAUCGCUUGCCAUCUUGAGAGGAGAUCUAUGAACGGUGCAUUUGAGCUGCUGAGGGCAAUAGAGUCAGAGCUCGACGGGUACACCCAGGCUACCAUCGGGCGCAUUGAUCGGUGUCUGUCAUUGUCGCAAGCGGGUGCCGAAGCACAAGAGCAUGGCGCUGUGGAUGAUCGCGACACUUUUCUGCAUCGCGUUAGAGACCUCUUGAACAUAUAUACAUAUGAACAGGGAGCCAUUCCAAUCUACGUGUCAGUUCCAGGUCUAGUCCAGCAGGUGAACAACUUGCAGGCAGAGUUGCAAUCCCUACAACUGGAGCUUGACAAUACUGAGGACAAAGCGAAAUGCAUAAGCGAGCUCCUGACCAUCAUCAGAAGAAUGCAGCAGCUUCUCUUUGCGUCAUCGACGACUGCGCAACCAAUUCUAACUCCUUGGCCGUUGAUGAAAGAGCUGGCGGACAUGGAAAAGGUGAAUUCCCAGCUUUCCUUGGCAAUAGAGGAAGUGACUCGCGAGCACCGGGAGAAGGCAGAGAUUGUCAAACACCACCCUCAUGAGGUUGGCAGGGAGAAGCAGGUGUUUGUCAACUUUUUCUGUGCUCCUGAUCGGCUGCGGAGUCAGGUAAGGGAGCUGGCGGCACGGGUCAAGUCUAUGCAGGCUUAGCCUUCUCUAAGCCAUGUCAAAGGUGCUGGAGCUGCCAUCUGGUGCAGUUUGACUUCGAAGAACACAAGCUUGAAAAAUUAGGCUUGACAUGCGAGAAAACACGAAGUGGUGGGACGCAAGAUUUGGACCAUGGUAACUUUGGUUCCUGCAAGUGCAAUCGAGGAGAGAUUCAGAGGCGUUGGGCUAUGGGGUUUGUCAACCACACAGCAUUAAUUUCUAGUGUAUAAAAUCGACUAGAUCCAUUAGAUGGAUCAUGGUUUAAGAAAUUUCUGGCUCAGUGCUGAAGGUCCAA